CACUGAUGGUGAUUUUUGGAAUAAGUGGCAUGUGUUUGAGGUGCAGCAUGGAGAUGAAGAUACCUUCAGAGAAAUGCUAAAGACAAAAAGAACUGUUUCUGCAAGUUAUACCCAGGCAAGUCUUUUUCUCCCCCAUUUUGUGAGGCAAUUGUCCCCUGCAUCCAACAAUGUCAACCCUCAGGAAAGUAGCAGAAUAUUGGGGUUUGUGAGUGCUGGAGUGGAGUCCCAGCCUACUGGAGGUAUGGAACCAGAUGCCACUGAAGACAUAGACAUGCAAGAAGAAAGAGUUGAAAUUGUGCAUAAAGAUGUUUCGUCUUCGAUGCUUGCAGGAGGUGUUGUUCGGAGGAGGGAUGGGAGUACUCUUGAGAGAAUAAAGAGACAGAAAAACUCCUAGUAAAAAUUUGAUUGCCAAAUGCCAAGCAUUUUUGACGUUAACCGCUCCAAAACUUGCCCGCUAUUCAAUAAGUAGUUUGCUGCCUGUAUAUACAGAGAUUGCAAGUAUUCUGAUUCUUGUGAAUAUUGCCACUGCAACUAAACUGCUUUGCAAUUG